CUUCCUGUUGCACUUUGCCAAAGCUCAAUGCGGAAGAGAAGCCUGGAGAUCUGAAUUCCUGACAAACUUCACACAAACAGAAGAAAGUUUCUCAGGAUUGUGUAUGAGACCUGAAGUCCUGAUCUGAUCAAGAUAAUAAAAGAACCAUGUGGCCCAAUCAAGGUCCUCCUGUUCCUCCAAUGGGUCCAGCAAACCCUGCCUACCCUCCUGGCCACAACCCUGCAUAUCCUCCAGGAGGAGUCUUUCCUCAGCCUUCUGUCCCAGGAUACCCAGCAGUUCAAUACCCAGCAGGUCCAUACCCAGCAGGUCCAUAUCCAGCUGGUGUGAAUCCAGCCAUGGGAACGGGUGUUCCUCCAGGGCUGAUGCCUUACGGAGCCCCUGGAGCCCAACCAUACCCCAUGGCUCCAGGUGGAUAUCCGGGGGUUCCUCCUGCAGGGGCUCACCCAGGUCCAUACCCAAAAUCUCCUAAAGGGGGUCACAAAAAAGGCGACCACAAAGGAAAUUCUCAUGGGCUUGGUCCCAUGACUGGACCAUUAGCUGGGGGAUUGGCUGGGGGGUUGGCAGGAAUAGGAGUGGGUUUGGUUGGACACAAAGCCCAUAAGAAGAUGAAGAAAAAGAUGAAGAAAGCACAUAAGCAUGGGCACCACAAACAUGGCAAGUCAAGCAGCAGCAGCAGCAGCAGCAGCAGCAGCAGUGAUUGAGACUGAGGCUUCCAAUUUAACACCCACAGAAAUGCUGCUUUCCAUAUGUGCAACUCAUCUAUUAACUACAAACUCAUAAGUUUAUUGUGAAGCAAGUUACUUACAUGAUACUUUGGAUAACUGCAGAAUUUAUGUAUUUUAUAAUAUCUUGCAUAUUCUAUUAGUGACACUGAAAUAAAUACACACUGGCCGUUUCUGUGAAUAUCACAAGUUUGUAAAUGUAUUGUCCUUGUUUGAAUGUAAUUUCUAUUUUCUUUCUUGGGGUUUGUGAUGUUAAACUUUGUUAUUUUUCAUAAAUGUUAUAUAAUGAUUGCCUUCUUUCCUUUUAAUAAAAAUUACACUAAUAAA